GCAUGUCUGUGAGUAUGGCGGCCGCCUUGAGAGGAAGCUUAGUAACAUUGGUCAAGGGCCUGAGUGGCCCCCGGUGGCAGCAGCUGGCCUCCCGACCACUGAGUGUUUCUGCUGCUCUCUGUGGACCAGAGGCCCCGCCUGCUCGUGCAGAUGCAACCUUUAAGGUCACAAUGGUUCCAGGGGACGGAGUGGGACCUGAGCUGAUGACUGCUGUCAAGGAGGUCUUUAAGGCAGGAGAUGUCCCUGUCGAAUUUGAGGAGUUCCACCUGAGUGAAGUGCAGAACAUGGCCAGUGAGGAGAAACUGGACCAAGUGUUGGCCUCUAUGAAGACCAACAAAGUGGCCAUGAAAGGAAAGAUUCACACGCCCAUGGAAUUCAAAGGGGAGCUGGCUUCAUAUGAGAUGAGAUUGAGGCGUAAACUGGACCUGUUUGCUAAUGUGGUUCAUGUGAACAGCCUUCCGGGCUACAGCACUCGCCACAACAACCUGGACCUGGUCAUCAUCCGUGAACAGACUGAGGGGGAGUACAGCUCCCUGGAGCAUGAGAGUGUGACCGGUGUGAUCGAAUGCUUGAAGAUCAUCACCAGGGAGAAGUCACGGCGCAUUGCCAAGUUUGCCUUCGAUUAUGCCACCAAGAAGGGGCGAAGCAAGGUCACUGCUGUCCACAAGGCCAACAUCAUGAAAUUAGCUGACGGCCUGUUUCUGCAGAGCUGUGCGGAGGUGGCAGAACUGUACCCCAAAAUCAAAUAUGAGAACAUAAUCAUUGAUAACUGUUGCAUGCAGCUGGUUCAGAACCCAUACCAGUUUGAUGUGCUGGUGAUGCCCAACCUGUAUGGCAACAUUAUUGAUAACCUGGCAGCAGGACUGGUGGGAGGAGCAGGUGUUGUUCCUGGGGAAAGCUACAGCGCAGAGUAUGCAGUCUUUGAAACUGGUGCUCGUCAUCCCUUUGCACAAGCUGUAGGAAGGAACAUUGCUAACCCCACAGCCAUGCUGCUCAGUGCUGCUAACAUGCUCAGGCACCUCAACCUGGAAUAUCACUCCCAAAUGGUGUCAGAUGCUGUCAAGAGGGUCAUCAAACAGGGCAAGGUACGGACACGAGACCUUGGCGGGUACUGUACCACUAGCGACUUUGUGCGUGCCAUUGUGGAGAACCUGCGUCACCGACCCGUUUACUAAGAUGUUUGCUCCCCAGACACACUCCUUCCUGACAUUUCCUUUAAUCUGGACAUUGAUCUUAACAUGAACUGGACGCAUGUUAAGACUCGUCUCCCCUCCACUGAUAAAUGACAGUUGUGCCGCACAUUUUGCGACUUUUAAGUUGCAUGUAUUGUUCUUACUGGGUUUGCUAAUGAAUCCAACUGAAUCAGUGGUACUUGUGCAGAUCAUGAGGCUACCUCUAUAGGAUUUAAAUAUUAAAGCAUGUUGCCCCUCUCCAUGGAAACCCCUCUUUCCUCAGUUACUGUCCAAAACUGUUUAAAAUCAUGUUCCCUCCUUUCAUCUUCUCUCUUAACUCUGGAUUUUUUGUGCUAAGUUUAAAUUCCUUUUCAGUAUUUUUACUAAUUUAGAUGAUCUGUGUCAUUUUUUCCCAUUCUGGGAGAGAUUUCUACAGAUCUUCAUUUCCUUUCUUUUUGCUUGUUGCUUGAUAAACUUAAUUUUCCAGCCGUGUUGGCCAUACAGACUACCUCUUUGCUAUCACACAUCUUUAGAUAUCAGCUAAAUCAGCGAAUCUGCUUUUGCAUCGAGGUCUACCACCAACUUCCUCCUACUGUCACCACAUUUUUCACUUCAUCCAAUAGCCUCAACCAAAAUGACAAACUGAAACCUGACUGCUUAUAGCUCAUCAUUUAACAACACUGCUACAUCAUGACCCAAUAAUAUCAUAAUAUUUCUGACCUACAGUCGUUAUCAGACUCUGUUCAGCUGUGAAAUAUUUUAUCUAUCUGAAUGCAAAAUAAUGUCUGUUACUGGGAUAUUAAUAAUAAAUGUCACACAAGGAAGCCAAAAUGAUCCUGUGUCAUCAAGAUACAAUGUUACUUUGUUGUGUGAAUAUUUUACAUUUUAAUACCAUUUUGUAAAAUUUUAUAAUUAUUCUACAGUUUCUUAAUAUUGACAGAGUAUCCUGAGUUGAUGUUCAUAGAGCUAGUUGUCCAUUCAUCAUUAGUGGAGCAAUGCCCAGUCUACUGACAACAAAUGAAUUGAUUUAAGGCAUGUUAUUUUUCUUAUUUAAACAUGAAUACCAAAGGAUGAAGCACAUUCUUGUAUAAACAAGUUUUAUCUCAAGAUGGUGGUGCUCACUUGUUCAGAACUGUUCAUUCUUCUUGUGCUGUAAGAAUUAAGACUCUGCUCUUUGUUCAUCUGUCAUGCCUCAAUUUAACUGAUCUCAUGUGUAGCCAGUUGUUAACCCCAAUAACUUUAAAAUAAUGUAGUAUAUCAUAACUUUAUAUUUAUUGGGGUCUGUACAAUACCAACAAUGUAACAGUGUCGUCCGUUUGUCUGUUUUUCUUUUGUAUUUGUGAGUUUUUUGUCUUUUUUGUUCAUCCUAUUGGUUUCCCCUUCACAAUAAAUCCUGUAUCAAGAUGUCAUACUUACAUUAAAGCUGGUGUAUGAUUAUGAUAAAGAUGUGGUAUUAAAUAAGAUUCUGUUUUCUCUUCAUAGAGUUAGACCUUUUAAAACAUAAGUAAUGUUACUAUGGUCAAAUACUUGCUGAAAUGACUCAGAAGAAUUGUAAUAAUAUUUACAUACUUCAUUUGAAUGGUACGGUUUAAUUAACAGCCUCAUGAAAUGAUGGGAAUAAAAAGAAAUGUGAGAAAAGGAAGAGAACAUAACUGAAACUGAUGCUUUCUAAUGAACACAUCACUACUCUUAGUGUGUGGUUCUGUGAGUGCAGUUUUCAAAGGCUCUCUAACAUGCUCGUCACGAUACUGUAUAUGGACAUGUGUUGCUGCAGCUGUGCAUAUAGUAACACACUG